AACUACCAAGGACAAAUAACGCUCAUCGAACUUUUCCCUCGUCUUAGCCAUAUUUAAAUUUCAAAAAGGAAUGGAGCCGACAAUGUACGGCACCUCUCCGUGAUUAAACCCCAAGAAAACAAGUCAGGGCCUUAGUUCAGUCUCGUUUGUAAAAUUAGAUUAAUGCUCUCUUUUUGAGGGAGAAUUUUUAGGGUUUCUGUGCAGAUCAGUGUGAGCGAUGGGUUGUUUCUUUGGCUGUUUCCGGAUCAAAGACGAACAUCGCCCUCACACUCCACUUGUCUCAGAAGCCGUUCCUUUAAAGGCCAACGAACACGUCUUAUCUCGAAAUCGCCUAUCGCGUCUGUUACUUUCUGAAGUUGAAGAGAAAGAUGGCUCACCGCACAAGGAUAAUAAAAAUCAUGUUUUCAGUUCUCCACAGCCUGGAGCCGCUGAUGGCAGGGAGCUCAAGGAUGAGGCCAAGUUUCUCAAAGCUUGUGGUACUUUACUUGAGACUCCUGCUGAAAUCCGGAAAGCAUCUGAAAAAAUCGAACACUCAUCAUUUCAUGAUGGAGAUUUUGAACCUUCACAAUUCCAUUCCUGGCUUCCCAACAAAUCCAUUAAAAAGCUCAUCUUGGACAAACAACCCGAUCAACCUUCUUCUCCUAUUAAAUUUUGUGAAGUAUGGGCAAUUGGAUCAAUUUCUUCAGAGAAUACACCAAGCAGACAGAAUAGUCGAAGGGUCUCUACCACCUCUACUGAAGGCAGUGGAGUUGGCACUGUUUGUAUGGCCACUAAGAUUCAAGCUCAUCAGACUCGUGACAUUACAACUUCAUUAGUUUCACCAUGGCCUGUGUCUGCAAAAAUGCAGAGCAAGAGCAAGUUUGUGCAUUUUGAAUGUGACUCGGAUGCGAUUUCACGCUCAUCUAGAAGCUCUUCAUGUUGGACUGCUAGCCAAAGUAAGGCGCAAUCUGAAUCAGCAGGUAAUUGCAGUGUGUCAAAGCUUUCAGCUUUCCCUACUCCACUAAAAUUAACUGAUGAGAUGCAAACACCUGGAACUGAGUUCCCGGCAUAUUUACAAAAAAUGGAAAAUGGGAAAAAUCCUUGUAUCAGGUCUCAGUAUGUGCACACAGUCCUGAAUCCUGUUGAGAAAUUCUCUAAGUGGAAGGUAAUCAAAGAAGAAGAUUAUGACUCACAUCAACUGUCAGUUAAUCUGAGAGAAUCUCUUGAGCAAGCUGACGAUGCUACCCCUAAGUCAGAACAUGAUAUGAGGGGAACUUUAGUUGAGAAAGAGAUGAAUGUUGAAGCAAACUUGUCUUCUUUGCUGAAACCACAUCCAAUUAAAUGUGAUGGUAAUGAUCAACCUCUUGAUUCUCUUUCUAGUAAAAAUGUUCAUUUUGGCAGAACUCAUGGGGAUAGGCCUAUCCUUGGGAUGGUUGCUGCUCAUUGGAAUGAAGAUGAGCCUUCUCGUAUCUCGCCCAAGUGGUGGGAUGGGAAUGGAAUUCCAAAUUCGACCAACAAGUACAAAGAGGAUCAAAAAGUUAAAUGGCAUGCAACACCAUUUGAGGAGAGAUUAGAAAAGGCAUUGUCUGAGGAUGUUUUCAUCUCCCAGAGGAAGCAUAUCAACGGGGAGCCACCUAUUCAUUGUGAUGAAAAAGAGGAAAGUGAUACUGCUCAAUCUCGGUUGCAAUCUGCGACACAUUUCAGUGAGGACCACAAGGUGGUUUCAUUAUGAUGAAUGCCAUACAUUAUCAUUGUCCACUGUGUUGUAAGUUGGUUUAGAUGUGUCGCUUUUAUGGAUUUAUUCUUGGAAUUUAUAUUUGAAGCUUGUGUCAUGAACCAUUAUGAUUGGUUUGCCCGAAUUCCUAGAACUAUCUAGCUGAAGAUGGAAGUUCUGCUUCUCUGUGUAGCUUUGUGUGAAGCAUGAGGGGGAUGCUUGCAAUGUACAUAGGCAAAACUGUGGCCUCAUGUUUUUUAAUUACCUUUUCCUCUUAUAAGUUUCAGCUUUGUUUUCAUGCAUGUGUAGAUUGCUUAUGAAGGAAUAUUUUAUGUUUUAAUUUAUUUGUGGAGCUUGAAUGUCAUACAAGUCUACCACAUUUUCUUGUUUUUGGGGAGGGUACAAUGAUGUGGAUUCUAUUCUACCGAUUGACUAAUGUCAUAGAAGGUCAUAUAUUUAUGGAUGUGCA